AUGCUAAUGGAACGGCGAAUAGCACAGGAUAUCAUUUGCCGCCUGGUGGAGUACUGCUGCACAAUGCCACGCUUGCACCUCCCAUGGGGGAUUUGAAUCCUGGACCUGUCUCAUAUGGGCCUAAUUUGGGAUCUGCUGUAACUUCUUCGAUGCAUCUCACAAAUGCAAGUGAAGCUGAAGCGAUUGCUGGCAGUUAUAAAUCUGAGGGAGCUGACAUGUUGUAUUACCAGAAUUCUUCUAUCGACGGCCUGAACCAGACAACGGAUGGGUUUUUAAAUUCAAUUUUGAACGAUGAAGACUUGCAAUUAAUGGACAUGGCAGUAAAUGAAGGUAUGUACACCAUGCGAAUGCUGGACGCAGCCCACCAGCAACAGCAGAGCAACGCGACUCAGCAGCAGGGCGCUAGCAGCGGCGUAGUUCUCCAAAACGGCGCCACAGCCAUGGUAGGCGUUAGCGGUUCUGGUCACGGGGCAUCAGCCUCUGGACACACCGGCGGAACCGACCGCAUGGACGCGUCCAGCGACAGCGCCGUCAGCUCAAUGGGCUCCGAGCGCGUUCCCUCGCUCAGCGACGGCGAGUGGGGAGAGAACGGCAGCGAUUCCGCUCAGGAUUAUCACCAUCACCAGCACCACAGCAAAUACAGUCCAUAUGACUACAGCUACAAUACUAGCAGUAACAAUGGUACCGCCUCGAUAUCCUCGCGCCAGCCUCCUGUUGCUCAGAAGAAACACCAUAUGUUUGCCAGAAGAUACUUCCAAGAACAAAACAGUCCACCAUCCUCCAAUGGAAACCAUCUCAGAUCUCUGGCUCCUCCUUUAGCUCCACAUGUGAGCACGCCUGUGAAGUUUGAAUAUGAACCAGGGCACUACACUGGGCCUGGUCAUAUGUUACCAGGGGUUGAUGUUAUUAAUGGUCACAAAACAACAGAAUUUAUGCCUGAAAUGAAGUACUCCUGCACAAUGGACUUUGCUCGUCAGCAGAGCAUUAGGGCAGCUUACGAUCCUAUAGCCCAUAAUCACACCUACCACAUGCCACCCCACAUGGCAGGUGCUACUCCAAGACCUCAAACGAGGGACAAGAAAGACAAGCAACGGAAGAAUGGAGACAGUCCUGAAGAACAUUUGACAAGAGAUGAGAAAAGAGCAAGAGCCCUGAAUGUACCAAUUCAAGUUCAUGAUAUCAUUAACUUGCCUAUGGAUGAAUUUAAUGAGCGUUUGAGUAAACAUGAUCUCACAGAGUCUCAGCUGUCUUUGAUCAGAGACAUCAGACGCCGUGGAAAGAAUAAGGUUGCUGCUCAGAAUUGCCGCAAGCGAAAGCUGGAUCAAAUAGUUUCUUUGGCUGAUGAAGUCAAAGAUAUGAGAGAACGAAAACAUCGACUACUCAGAGAAAGAGAUCAUGUCAUUAACGAGAGGCAACGUAUUAAGGAUAAGUUUGCUCAGUUGUACAGACAUGUGUUCCAGAAUCUUAGAGACUCUGAUGGAAAUCCUUAUUCCCAGUAUCAAUACAGUCUUCAGCAAAGUGCUGAUGGUUCUGUUGUUCUUGUACCGAGAUCCAAUAACAGUCUUUUGGAUCAAGGUUCAGUCACAAACUCCACAAACGAUAGCAUGGACCCUACAAUUUCUAAUAAUAAUUUGCACAGGCAGACAAAAGAGUAA